AUGGGAAAAGGGAGUGGCACUUUACGGGUGGAAACACAGUGGGACAUACACCUCAACGACAACCACCUUAAUUCAGUUUGUCUCGCUGGUAACAUAUACAACGCAGGGACUACGAAGGUUCAACAAAUGGGCAACAAGUCUUCUUCAUCACAAAUAUCUCCGUAUCUUGUUGGCUCCCCUCCACCAUUACCUACAGGAAAUUUGCGAAAUCCUUCAAGACAUACUAAUGCUCAAUUCUGUACUGCUUUUGUCCCACAACCUUAUGGAGCUGCAGCUUUUCACCAGUCGAUCAAUUCACUCUAUCAUUAUAAUGGUACAGACUCUGGUCAAAUGACUACUUCAACCGAAUCAGAACGAUGGCGACCUAAUAAUUGGAAAGUGGCCAAUUCUCGUCUGUCUCUCAAUGAACCUUUCCUUCUCGAUGGACCACCACCGCCGAUGCCUCAUGGAAUGCCAUCAACAUUGCUUCCAACCUUUGUUGCUGUUCCACCACCAACACUCAAACAGUACAGGAAAUGGCAAAAGCAGCAGAAAAAGUUACUCAAAAAAAUGGGCUCGAUUCCUCCAAAUUUCAUACCACCUCAAGUACCAGCACCACCUCUGUUGCCAUAUUCACGAGCUUUUUCUGUUGACGAUUUAACAAGUCAAGCACUGGAUGGUUAUGCGGAUGUUCCAGUGAUGCAGAAACGUAGCUGGAAAGAAUGCAGAAAAAUACGGAAAAUUCCUCAUGGCGAUACCAUUCCAGAUAUACCACAUGGUCCGCCUAAACCAUCUUUUAGCAGCGGUUGCUCGAAUGGAUAUGUUGUCUCGGAUUCUCGACUAAUUCAUUCAGCGCCAUCCACGAACACAUCAGACCAAAGUCAUUUAACAUCACCAACUGAUCGAUCAUCCUCGGUACAGCACGGGACACCCUCACCAGUACAGUUAAAAAAUUUGCCACAUCGAGUUCAAGAUUUACAACGAGCUCGAUUACCCAGAAAUGAUGCUUCGGUAGCAUCUCCUACACGACUACAGCAAUGGAAUUUAUCGCAUCGUGGAGAAUCGUCAUCUACGAUACAGAAUGGCACUGUGGAUAUUGUCGACGGUGAAGAAACAAGUAACGGACUUAAAGAAGGUGAAGCUGACCGUAGCUCGUCGGACCUGAACAAUGGAUCUCGUAAACCUUCAGUAAUCAACGAAUAUAAUAGUACUAAUACAACUGCUGUUCAUAAUUAUGGUGAAAAGUAUUAUCGACACCAAAAUGCGUCAUCUGUUCCUAAUGACAACACUGAGGAUAAAGAUGGGGGUAUCGUUGAACGUAUCAUACCUAUUAAAAUUUCACCAGAUGCUAAAAAGACUACAAACAACAACGUUUAUUUGUUUUCCAAAAACAUCGCAGACUCAAUCGACGAUGAUAAGCAAUGCAGAUCAUUAACUCAUGAAGCUACGUCACAAAGUAAUACUCCACAACAGACUCACAUGGGAUCUUUCUCGCUUAAAAGAAAUGCAGAUUAUGGUUCCACAAUAAGCUCAUUAACUCAGAGUUCAAAUAUGAAGACUGAAGUUAGCGAUAUUGACUUCAGCUGGGUGAGCGAUGUUGAGAAUCGUCUUGAUCGUGAAAUUGCCUACGUAAAAGAAGAUUUUGAACAGCAAACACCUGUACGAUAUUUUGGAGUGGAUGUAGAAAAAUCGAAAAAUGAUAAAAGUGAAACAACGGGGAAUACUUCAUCACUACAUGCCGCUCUCAGUAACAAUACGACAACCGCAAAAUCACUCGAAGUAUUUGGUGAAUGUGAAUCUAGAAAAGAACUCAAACAGAUACAUUCUGAUGUUCGUUCCAAAGCAGCGAUGUUUGAUAUGGGGGCUUUUCGGAAUGAAAAAAAAGCUGACGAACAGCAGGUUGCAUCUCGUUAUCGAUCCCAAUCGAAUUCUCGUGGUACUAAUGAUGUGUUCAUACCUCAGUCAAAUUUUCGAUAUUACGAUCCAAUUUCUGUAAAUAUAUCCCAGAAUUCCAGACGAUACUUUGGUACAUAUUCAAAUGGUGCUAAUGUUGCCAGUGGCUCAAAGUUCGACCAAUCUCCCUCGCGUUGCAGUGCAGGCAGCAGUAUGGAGCUAAAUAGUAAAUGUUGUGAAUUAAGAAGAAAACAUGAUUUUUGUCGUGAGCAACACAAUGAUAAUUCAUUGAAAGAACGAGAGCAUUACCUCGACCAAAGAGCUAAAUUUUUGAGACCACACAAUGAAACGGAGUGCUACAUCCGGAAUGUGGUAGGGCAUGAUGAUGAGAAAUCUUGGAGGGCAUCUGUUGCUUAUUAA